UUAUAUAUAGGACCAUAACUUUGUAUCCCUUCUUUCAAGAAAUCAUUCAAAGAGAAGAUAGAAACCAUGGAAGCAACUCAUCCUCUUUCAAUUGAAAGUUUUUCAUAUAGUUGCUUAGUGAACCUUAAAUCAUCACUUGAUCAAAGCCUUGAUAGUUUUUCUUCCUUUAGAAUUUCUGUCGAUGCUAUUGAUGAAUUAGGUUCUUCUUUCAUUGAAAUGGAUCCAAGAAUGCCAUCUUCUAGAAGAUUCUUCAUAAACUCACAAGAUUUCAAAUUUGAUUUUACAAAUUCACAUCAAUCUUCUCUCACUACUCUUGUUGAUGCAGAUCAACUAUUUUCCAAUGGUUAUUUAAUGCCACUUUUUGAUGAAUCAUUGAAAAAUAUUGAACCAUAUAAAUAUGAUUCAUCAAAUUCAAAUUCAGCCUUACCUUCUUCCAUAUCACAUGUACCAAAAGAAGUGGUUCCAAUAGAAAAUUCAAGAAGCCCUUCAUUGAAAAGGUGUAGAACAUUAUCAAAGAGAAUGUUUCAAAAGUAUUUGAAUUUCUUAAAACCUUUGUGUAGAAGAUUGAGGGCUCAAAAAUCAGGAUCAUCUAAGCAUGAAAGUGGUGUUAAUAGAACUCAAUCAGUGAAGAAAAUUAGAGGAAAUUACUGGGAAUCAUCUCCAAGAAUUAGUGUUGCUUAUUCGGCGGACAAUUGGCGCAUGUCUUGUGAUUCUGAUAGUUCAAUCUAUGAAGCUGUUCUUCAUUGCAAAAGAUCUUUUGAAAAGAUGGGUUAAGAUUGCUGAAGUGCAAAUCAGUGUUUUGAAAAAGUAUUGCAGCAACCACAUUUUCGGCUGUAACAUCGAGGAUUUUGACGUAUCUACUACCAUAACAUAGACACGGAGACUAUCAAUCAUAUUAAUCUCGAUUUUCCAUGAAUGUCAAGCAACAUGUCUGCCACUGCAAAUUAAAACCAUGGUGCAAACAAGUCCAAUGGUGAUUAUUUAUAGGAAAUAAGUACAUGGUUGAUGAGGUACUAUUCAUGUCCUUGAAUGCUGGUCUUUUUGUCCCUCCUCUUUGGUCUGCUGGACACCUAAUAUAACAAAAUGUGAAGUUUCUAUGCAAUCUUGACAGGAUUGUUGGAUGGACAAAAUUAGACAACAGAUGUACAAAACCAUUGAUUUACAUUGUAUGUAAAUCGUUUAGCAUAUAUUAUGUAAUUAAGGUUGAAUAAAGGUUCGAUGUGAAUAAAUUGUUCUAA